CUAGUAACUACCCGAAUUUGACAUCAGGAAAGCAGGCACGGCGGAAGCAUCCACGAACCCAAUUCCGCGGCACCUCAGGUUGCGAAACCUGAGCAUCGACAAAGAUGAAUCGGCAAGGCCCAUCAACACUCAUCAAUGCCCUCAAAGGGCUGAGGGUGUCCCCAGCGACCCCUCUGCAGCCAUUCCACGCCGCGAAGGCACCCUGCCUCGCCGCCGUCGCCGCCAGGACAUUCACAUCCACAGCCCCUCAAUUGGGAUCAUGGCUGGAGCCAUUUAUCGACCGGACGAAGAAGAAGAUGAAGGGGCGACCGAGAGUAGCUACAGGAGGUUCUGUGAAAGGCACAACGAUUAUGAUUGGAGAUUAUGGGCUGCGCAUGAUCGACCACCACAGGAGGAUUAGUGCAGCACAGCUCAAGCUCGCCGAGGCCACUAUCAAGCAAAGGCUUCGUGGGCAAAGAUACCGGCUAUACACAAGAGUCAACUGCAACAUUGGCGUCUACGUCAGCGGUAAUGAGAUUCGUAUGGGUAAAGGAAAGGGUUCGUUCGACCAUUGGGCGGCGAGAGUUGCGGUCAACCGUGUCAUUUUCGAGAUCAGAGGAGCACUGCACGAGCAGGUCGCCCGAGACGCCUUCCGACUUGCUGGUAACAAGCUACCUGGCCAGUACGAAUUCAUCAAGAAGGGGGAACCAGCUGUUGUGGGCAUAACAAAACUGGAUGGUGUCACUCUUGAGGACCUGAAACGACCGCGGAAGCAGGUCCCAGCUGCGCAAGCACCAAGUGUGACUCCAGCAGUGGCGACGACUCCGUCCUCUGUCCCUCCGACGUCACCAGCACCAUGACGGCCAAAGGUCUUUUCAAAUAUAACAUAACUAGAUCUAGCUGUGCAAUAGUAAUACCCCGGGCUGUUGCCACUAGAGCAGAGUCGACGAAUUGGGUUGUACUUGUGAGCCUUUGCCGUUGUCGAGCCAGCUUCUCACAGGGAAGACAACAGGAGGCACGCGGUUUUGACAGACCCUGCACCUUGAUAGGGUCCUUAGGAUCAAGUUGCUGGCGAACGGAUUUAAGUUCGUCUGGUGGCUCAGAGUUCAACUGUCUUUGUGCUAUGAUGACCAUAUCUUACCAGAUCCACGGUCGUUGUUGCCUUGAUCUCAGAGCUGUUGUGACGCAUCUCAACUGAGUAACCCUUCACCCCGAAUUCAGUGUCCAAAGCCUUCUUCACCGCUUUACUCAGCUCCUGUGGGUUCUUGAACAAUCCAACUCUAAAUCUGGAAACAGGGCAGUUCGAGACAAUAUCAUAUUCCUGGUUAUACGAGGACGAAAUUUCUUGGCGAUCAAGUUUACUUCAAUAUUCGCGUCUCUUCGCGUGGUUGACAAUUUGAUGUUGUUGUAGUUGAGUCUGAGGAUGCGGUUCCGUUCCUGGCUUGGAAGUGUAAAUUGUCUGGACCGAAAAUCAGAAUCUACGGUUUUUAUGUGUUUAGAAAAUUGUAGUGUUUUUUUGCUGGCACUGAAUGAGUUGAAGUCGAUAACGCUGUCAAGUGUCACAAAAAAGUGACUUCUACGAGCAACCCACUCCCCUUGAUCGUGGGCAAACAUGAAAGGUCUCUAUUAUUGAACUGUCUUUAGGCACUUGCAAAAACCUGUGGUCCAGGCUAUUACCUGAGACAGAAGCAGCUUGUCGAGUGCAUAAAACGACCCCAUCACGUCAAGAGCAAGACAUGGCGUCCUGCUACUGGCCUCCCCAAAGUCCACCCUCAUGCAUUUCCGCUUGUCGUGGAUGCUGGGGUCAAUCGUUUUACUCAAGUGAUGCGCAACCUACAAAACUCCCA